GGGGAGGGGAGGGAAACGGCUCGGCCGCAUUCGGGGCCGCCUGCGCUCAUCAAACGCCGCUCAUUGAACAGACAAGUGAGGCAGAGCUGGAGUGGAAACAUUUGUUAUGCAGUAAUAUGCGUGAAUUUCUAAAAUAUUACCGGGGUUGCUGAAGCCCUUCCAAAAGAAGUCUGGAUCAUAACGCAGCUGCCAGAGCCCUGAGCGGGCUGGUGCAACCCGUCGCGCCCACUCAAAAUUGAGCACCAAGCAUUCCACUAAGUCAGACGGGUAUCGAAGGACGAUAUUGUAUGCCAGCUUUUUUUGUUGUUUUUGAUUAGCCCCUUUAAGUUUCACUCCCCCUUCCUCCCUUACACCCUUUUCAUUCAUAGCAAAGAGUAAAAUAGAUAUUUUCGCCCUAGUGUGGCAGCCAGGCUGCCCCCCCAGUCACAGAUGAAUGAAGACCCCAUUUGGCAAGAACGCGGCCCAAAGAUCCAGAGCUGAUGCAGGGCAUCCUGGUGUCUCUGCCAAUAUGAUGAAGAAAAAGAAUUCUCACAAGAAACACAAAAGCACUGUAGGUCCCACAAAAGCCGUGACUCAGCCCAGGCGGAAUAUCGUGGGCUGUCGUAUCCAACACAUCUGGAAAGAGGGCAGCGGAGCAGCAUCGCAGUGGAAAGGAACCGUUUUAGACCAGGUGCCUGUCAACCCGUCGCUCUACCUGAUUAAAUAUGACGGUUUUGACUGCGUUUACGGCCUGGAGCUGCACAAAGACGAGAGGGUGCAAGGACUGGAAGUCCUACCUGACAGACUAGCAUCAACACGCAUCAGCGACGCCCACCUGGCCGACACCAUGAUCGGCAAAGCUGUUGAGCACAUGUUCGAGACGGAAGACGGCACUAAGAACGAGUGGAGGGGAAUGGUGCUGGCUCGAGCGCCCAUCAUGAACACAUGGUUUUAUAUCACAUACGAGAAAGACCCGGUGCUAUACAUGUACCAGCUGCUCGAUGACUACAAAGACGGAGAUCUGAGGAUCAUGCCAGACUCAAACGACUCGCCCCCAGCGGAGCGGGAGCCCGGGGAGGUAGUGGACAGCCUUGUCGGUAAGCAGGUGGAAUAUGCCAAAGAGGACGGCUCUAAACGAACUGGUAUGGUUAUCCAUCAGGUGGAGGCCAAGCCUUCCGUCUACUUCAUCAAGUUUGAUGACGACUUUCACAUUUACGUCUAUGACCUGGUGAAAACAUCGUAGGCGGCGACAUGCUCGUGCGGCCAGCAGAGGGGGAGGAAUUUCACGUACCAUGUGAUCCACAAACUUUUUGCCAAAAGUUCUUUUCACUGAACAUUUCUCGUAACACCUCUUGGAAAUGGAACGGUGGAUGUUUCGGUGGAACCUCGGAUUACCACUAGUCAAGUGUCUCUUAUCGUUGUAGGAUAAACGGAUAGCUGGACAUCACAUCGCCCAUCAUAAACGUAGCUUAAUAUUUCAAAUAUGUCUCAAGCAUUUCCCAUUCCUCUUACAGUUGUGUUUGACCGUUAAAGUAACAACAUUCUUUGAAAAUCUGGGAUGCAUCGAAGGUUCCCGGAUCUGUUGGGCUGUUGCGUUUCUGUCUUAAACACCGUUUUAUGUCGCCCCGAAGUCUCUGUAAACUAUGACAUCCAAGUACUGAGAAUCCCCCCCAAGUUGAAAAUCGUAAUUCUUUACCACAGUUUUGGGGGGAAGUUUAAAACGCAGAAGUUCACGAUUCUUUUAGGGGUUCGUAGAGAACGGAGCUUUUAAGCAUGUCCGAAACGCUCCGGCAAUGUGUGCGUGAACGCCUGGAGAUGGCAGGACUUUAGCGGUAUGAAGUGGCAUGGGAAAAUCGUUGUCUUGUUGUAAACGAGACAGACUAGAGCUCAGCAAUCCUGAUAUAAUUGAUGUCUUUGCAGUUAUUGCGGUUGCCAGAUGCUUCUUGUUUUAUCCCUCCUUACGCUAGAACUCGCGGUCCACCUCGCCAGAAACAAUAAUGCACACGGGCGUCGCUGUCAAUGAGACAUUUGUGGAGUGAAUCCCCACCGUCUUGUAUCAUUUUAUUUUUUAUAUCUUCCACCCUCUUUUUUAUUAUAAAUAUCACCACCAAGUAAAUGCUAAUGCAGCACUCUAAGACGUGAGCGCUUGUUUUACUCCCCUUUAUAUUUUUCAACGCAGUGUCACAUAUGUAUGUGGUAACGGCACGUUUUUGAGCUUUUUUAAGUUCACCUUCACUUCAUGGGCUUCAUUAAAUGGUUAAAACUCGCCCACUGUGUAUCAGAUUGCAUAGUGAGGGCAUUAUGCGUCUGCAAAUUCUCGUGGGUGUUAUCGUUGUUAUGGUGUAGUUUAAUGGGUUUUAUUGUCUCGCGCAUACUCAGCGCUCAAAGCUGGACGGUUACCCGUUUCCCCAAAGUAUUUAGUGACGUUACACAAACCAGUCGCACAAAGUGUUUGAUCUCGAACAGGUUAGAAAAUGUUGAUGCAAUAACGGAAGAAGUAUUCAGGAAUUUCUUUGCGAACCGUGCACCCCAUUUUUGUCUUAUGUGACUCUUAGGUUAUUAAAUGUGUCUUUUUAUCAGCCUUUUGAGAUUUCUUUGUCUCGGAUUCUCGGUUUUGCCUCUCUGCGAGCCUAAAAAAAAGUCUGUGCCUCUAUUAACGUUCGUCUGGUUCCAGUAUGUUUUUCUUUAAAUGUGUUUUGUCUGGAAAAGGUUUGUGUGUUCCCAUUAGACUCGUUCAAAAUGACUGGAAGGCCCCCUCUGAGGAAUGUUACUAUGUUUGAAGAAAGCCUUGCAGCUACAUGUGUUUUUCAUUAUUCCUGCGUGUUCUGCUGUCGGUUCCAGUGUUCCAGUUUUAACACGUCAGCAACGUUCAUGUGCGCACAACAUGCAACUCUUUUCUGUUGUCCUCUAAUGAACAGGUCACACAAAGCCACUAUAUUCUGCAUUUAAUGCGCAAUGAUAUUAGUGUGACUCUCGUGAAGAAAUAUCCGGCUCCUGUUUCACACUAAAAUUAAAAAUUAAAAAUAUAUAUAUAUUUUGCAUAGAGAAAAUACUGCCUAUGUUUAGGACCAGUAAGUUGUUUGUGCAUGACUAUUAAAUGCAUUUCUCCCCCAAAUUGCAUUACUGCUUAUUUUUAAUUCUUAAAAGAACAAAAUAAAAUACAUAACGUUCCAUAAUGUGUCCAGAUGGUUAAUUUGAGGGUUUUCAGUGUCAUUAUUCAUAAUGCAUCCAGACAUAAUUUCUUUUGGGGGUAAAUUUGCAUAAAUUAGCAUAAAUUAGAGGCAAUUUAAAAAUAUUAACUUGAUUUAUAAAUACUUGACGAUUUCAAUAUAUAUACUGUAUGUAUAUGUAUAUAUAUAUAUAUAUAUAUAUAUAUAUUCACUACAGUGAGAAUAUCAUUAUUUUUCAUUAUAUUAUGCGACUGCAGAUUUGGGGUGAAAUGUUCUUAUUUGUCAUGAAAAUAAUGUCAAUGCAAAACAAAAAAUGUACAUUAAUUUUUUUUAAGCUUUAAAAAAAAUGCAUUGUGACAAUAUUUCGUGACUUUAAGAUGCAUUUUCCCACCAAAUUCUCAUUACUGUAAUGAAAAAAAUAUCAUUCCCAAAUGUAAAAAAAAAAAAAUGUAUGCUUUAAAAGAAAUUUAAGUGUAAUUAUCCUAAAAAAAUAUACAUAAAUAAAAGUACCGGUAGUAAUGAUUUUUAUUUUAAAUCGGCAUAAAUUAGAGGCAUUAAAACAAUAUGAUAAUAUAUAAACAAUUUUAUACAACAGUAGUGAAAAUAUAAUAUUUCUUAUUACAUGAAGCUACUGAGAAUUUGGGGUGAAAUGUGCUUAAAUGUCAUGGAAAUAAUGUCAAAACACAUUUUGCAUUGUUUUUUUAAUUCUUCAUUGUGACAUUAUUUUCAUGACUGUUAGAUGCAUGUUCACAACAAUAUUUAUAAUAUAUCCGGCCACUAAGAAUAAGCAUAUUUGCUUAAUUAGAUGCUUCAUUAUAAUGAGAAGCAUAACUAAAUAUUGACCUAAUAUUCUCAUUUUCUCAAGCAAAAUAUAUUUAAAAUAUAGUAUAUAUAUAUAUAGAUUUUGGAGUCAAAUAUGACCUGGACAUUUCUUGGUGGUUUUCAUGAGGUUCAUUAAUAUGGUGCGUUCGAUUUGCGCUUAACAUUGUUUGUGAUUCUCCAAGUAUUCGACCUUGAAACCUUAAAACAGACGACCUGCUCAGCUUACCAAAAAAAGCAUCAAGUUUAGUGACCUUAACGCAGAUGCGAACCUGCAGCUUGGGACUGUUGUUCCACUUUUACGUUUCAAACGAGAGCUAGGUCGCUGACGUACAGGUCCCUGAGAACGGUGUGCACCCUCAUUGCAGCUUUAUGUACUUACCAAGUCUCCACCGGUGGAAUUGUGUCUUAUUCGAAAGGUAAACGGACGUGUCAGUAUGCAAUUGGGUUACCCUCAGAAAAGACAUAUUCAAGGGAUUGGCCUUUUACAUGUACCUACUGUAGUAUUGUACAGUGUUUGAUGUCAGGUCGAUGUGGCACAUUUAAAAAAAAUAAGAAAUCUAGACCGUUCUUUUUGCAUGAUAUGAGUAGAGUUGUUAUCGUAUGUUAGUGUGAUGCACGUGUACCCGUCUUUUCAUUUCGGCAAUUUGUUCCCUCAAUGAAAGGUUGUUUGUGUUGCUAAUUGUGGCGUUUUCGUUCCGGUUUUGAAUCCAUUUCUUAAAAGGAAAAACAACAAAAAAAUACAAAUAUUUAAGUAUUUUAUUUUCGGCUAUGCUCUGUAAGAUCAAAUGCACUGGUGUUUGUGUGGCGUGCCAAUUGGUUGGCAUUGUACCAGUGUUAAACAGCAUUUUAGCGAUCAUAUCCUUUCUGACAGUACCACCGUUCUGCUACAAGACAAAUCGAUUUGUUUGUAUGAAAAGUGCCAAAUUUAAUGUAGAAAUAGGCCUUACAUGAUUGGGACAAAAACAAAUCUAUAUGUUGGAGUGGGCUAAUGUGUGCAUGUGUGAAAUAUUGCAGAUCUAAUUCAACCUUGUAGGUAUAGAUUUAAGAUGUCCUAUCAAUGCACACUUUAAACUACUUGGAGAGAAUUAGCGUAUGGUCCCUUUAAGAUGCUGUUGCUCUUUAUUUACUUUGUAUAAAAAGAAAGAAAAGAAUCAACAAAAAUACAGUGCAAUUUGAUGAUUGUUGUAGAUACGUGUACUGUAUAAAUUACAUGUUCUUUCACGUAUAGGUAAAUGGCUUCUAUUGGACCGAAUCUGUUAUUUUCUUCUUCCUUUUUUUAACAUGUAGAUAGUUCGUUUUAUUUGCAUUUAAGUAUAAAAACAUUUUAAAACCUGUUGAUUAAUUCAUCGAGUAAUUUUUAUAAUUAUUAUGUAAGUCUAUCCUUAUAAGAUUAAAAAAAUUUAAUGUGAACUUGUCUCUGAAUCUUUCUCCAAAUGUGACUUAUGAUCGGAAUAUCCCAAUAAUGUCUGAAUAUUAACCUCAUCCCUAAAGCUGCGUACACACUGACUUUAGGUGCGUACACACUGCCAGCGACAUCGCGCGCGACAGCGACUCAAUACCAUUCAUUUUCAAUGCGAGCACAGCGACUUCCGGCGACACGACCUGUCGCGACCGUUGGCGCUAGAUGUGGGCGUGUCCAGCGACGCGACAAAGUUGAGAAAAGUUCAACUUUGGAGCGACUAACGGAAGCGACAGCCAAUAGGAGAGACGACGGGAGAGCUCACGUGAUCCUUCUCUCUCUCUCUCUC